AUGGCCCCCCACAGCCUGCGGCUGCUCCUGGUGCUGAGCUGUGUAGCCAGCACUGAAGUCCUGGGUAACGUCCUCGUGAGACCCAGCUGUGCUCCUGGAUGGUUUUACCACCUGUCCAGUUGCUACGGAUACUUCCGGAAGCUGAGGAGCUGGUCUGAAGCUGAGCUCGAGUGCCAGUCCUACGGAAACGGAGCCCACCUAGCGUCUCUCCAGAAUGUAAAAGAAGCCGCCAUCAUAGCAAAACACAUAACUGGCUACCAAAGAAACCAGCCCGUGUGGAUCGGCCUGCAUGACCCACAAAAGAGGCAACAAUGGCAGUGGAUCGAUGGGGCCUUCUCUGGCUACAGAAGCUGGUCUGGCGCGUCCAGGCGUAGGGACGAGUACUGUGUGGAGAUGAGCUUCAAGGACAAUUUUUUGACCUGGAAGAGCAAUGACUGCAGCAAGCACCAGCACUUCCUGUGCAAAUACCAGCCAUAGAGCGAGCAUCCAGGCUGAGCCCAUACCGCGCGGGCCCCUGUCCCCUUCCCUCUGUGCGCGCUGGCUGCCUCUGAUCAUCAUCUUCGAGUAAACAUAGCAACUGAGGCUGAUGAGGCCCUUAUUGGACUCACUUUUUUAGGUUUGUUAGAAGCCAAGUCCUCAACACUGGUAGGGCAGUGGCUUCUAGCUCUAAAGGUCACCCCGGGAUCUG